GAGUUAGAUGAAUGAUGAAGUGUCUCGGGUUCAAACUAUAAGGAUGACUAAUUUACUAACAUUACUAACAACUAACAUUUCACGCCGGCACAUUCUCUUCAAUAUCCUAAAUUUUUUUCUUAUAAAAAAAUGAAGGCAGAGAAUUUGGGCCCAACGAGGCCCAAAGAGUGAAAGGGUACUUGGCUUUGCUACUCCGGCGAUGACAGAUAAACCCUCCUCCACCUUUCCGCUUCACCUUCCUCCGUUCUUUCAUUCUCCGAUCUCUGCUCAGCUCAGGUCAGUGGUGCAUUCACUCUCAAAUGGGUGUAGUGAGGGGGGUGAUAUUGGAUGGAUCAGCACUCUUGACUGAAAGUGAUGAUGAUAAAAAUGUAUCUGUAUUACGAUCUGGAGCCGAGUCUCUCAUCCGCACACUUUUACUAUCCAGAAUCCAUGUGGGAAUAGCUUAUGGUAUCGACCUUGUGGAUGACAGGGUAAGUAUUCUGAAAAGAAUUGCUGGUAUUCACUCACUUGAUUGCUUUAUCUUAAAUGACCCUUUACAUGAGGUUAUGCCUGGAUGGAAUGAUAUUGAUGAUGGCAGUAUUAUUUAUUUGGUUUCUAACAAGAAGGAAUUCUUACCUAAAUUAAGCAGCUAUAAUUGGUUGAUUGUUGUUCUGAAUGUUGGAGGUGAAAGUUCAUAUGGCACUCAAGAUGUGCUCCUGAUUGAAAAUUUAGAAGAGUUGCCAUUGACCAUUUGCCGCUUAAAUAAAAGGUCAAUUGGAACGAAUGCCAUUACUGUGGGUUACAUAAUGAAGCCUUCUCGUGUGGAAGAUUUUGCAAAGAGGGGUGCAUUCCCGUUAUGUCCUACUCAAAAUGGAUUGAUGUUUGUGCCUCUCACAUCCAGGAUUCCUUUAUCAUCUCAGUUGAAGGAUGUUGACAUAGUUCUCCAUAAAGCCACUGAUGAAAUAUCAUCUAUUGAAGAGAAUAAGAUUACUUUUACACAAAACAUACAAGAACUGCAAAGGUACUUGGAUCAGCACCAGGAAUGCUGUGUGAUUGAUCCACUGAUUAACAUUUUUCCAUUAUUGGAUCGGCUAGAAACUCAACAAGUUCUACUUGGUUUGGCAGAAGUGAAUACUGAAAGCAGCAAUUUGAUCAGAGGGGCACAUUUUCUUAAGGUUGAUAAUUUUGACAAAUUUAAUUUUGUGGCUGGAUUAGCUGAAGCUAAAUUGUCUCUACCGUGUAUAGUGAAACCCAAAAUUGCUUGUGGUGUCAGUGAUGCACAUAAGAUGGCAAUUGUUUUCAGAGUUGAUGAUUUUAAGAAUUUAAGCGUUCCUCUUCCGGCUGUUGUUCAGGAAUAUGUGGACCAUUCAUCCACAUUGUACAAAUUUUAUGUCUUGGGUGAAAAAACUUUCUAUGCUGUGAAGAAGUCUAUACCAAAUGCUGAUAUUUUGAUGAAAUUAUCUAAUGGUGAUGACCUCAAACCUCUGUUAUUUGAUAGCUUGAAAUCUCUACCGACUGCUGACAGUGUCAAGGAUUCUGGAGCCAGUAGUCAUGGUCUGACAAAUGAUGAGUCUAUUGAUAUAAAACUGGUUACAGAUGCUGCAAAUUGGCUUAGGAGAAGGCUCCAUCUCACAGUGUUUGGUUUUGAUGUUGUAAUUCAGGAAGGUACUCAUGAUCAUGUAAUUGUUGAUGUAAACUAUCUCCCAUCAUUUAAGGAAGUACCUGAUGACAUCUCUAUUCCUGCCUUCUGGGAGGCCAUUAGAAGUAAGUUUGACCAGAGUAGGAUGUGUAAAUAAGCAUUUGUUGGAUACUUUGUAUUUGCAUAUUUGAAGUUUGAAGUACUUACACAUGUUUUAAUACAAUUCAGAGUAAUGUUUCUUCUGCGUUAUGCUACUUUGCAAGAAA